GUCAUUUUUGUCAUGAUUAUAACCUAGUUAAAUCAGUCAAAACAUAACAAUUUUAAACGUUUAACAAAUUAAAUAAUAUUACAUUUAAGUUACAAAAAAGAAAAUUACAUAGAUAUAAAUAUGACGGAGUUUGAAAAAUCACUUCAAUCAGUUUGUGACAACAUGAUUAAAUCUGCAUCUUAUGCGAUUAAUUAUCUUGAGGAGAAUAAACGUCAAAAAGUACUUGAUACUUUCAAAGAAUGUCUUGAAGACUAUGUUAAAAGCACUGAAACUUUGAAACAUAUAAAUACAUUAAUGAAUCAAUCAAUAGAUCAAGACGGAGAAAGUGAUCAACAACAAUUAUUAGAGGAAUUCAAUCAACAAACAUCGUCAUUUGUUCCUGAUAUAUCAGACAAUGAAUAUAUACGAGAUUAUGAUGAGUGUGUUGAAAAGUUGGUUAAAAUUAUGACUGGAGUCAACGUCAAUAAUACUGAUACAGAAAUGGAAAUAACUGACGAAGGCUUGAAUAGUUAUGCCAAUCUUAUUUGUCCUAUUAGCAAGGCUAAGAUGACACAUCCCAUGAAAAACACUAUUUGUGGUCAUAUUUAUGAUAAGGCUAGCAUAGAUGCUGUACUUAGAAAUUCUAAUGCUACGAGAUGCCCAAUCGUUGGCUGCCGCAACAAAGAAUUCUUAAAUAAAUCGUACCUUAAACCUGAUCUUGUUGCUCAAAUAUGUAUAGAAGCAUGUGCAAAUCGUUCAGAUUAAUAUGCAAUUCAUAUAUCAUUUUAUUGUGUAGAACAAACAUCAUAAUUUUAAGUUUUUUAAUGGAAACAAGAUAUUUUUUCAUAAAAGUUCAUACUUGAGAUAUAUUAAGGAACAGACAUUUGCUAUAUUUAUUAAGAUUAAUUAAUAUUCAGAUAGUUUUUAAAACAAAUGAUCAAAAAAAGUCGUUCAA